AUGUCAGAAGAGGAAGAAGCGGCGUUUUCUGAAGACCCCAGGGUGCAGUAUUUAGGCGAGACACUUUGCCGGAUGCUCAACCUCAAAACUGAUACGUGGAUCAAAUUUGUCAACGCAGAAAAAAAUGAAACACUUUUUACAGCGUUUUUCGAAACACAUAUUAGAGUGUUGUUUUUCAGCGUGACAGCGUCUAAAGCUCUAUGUGUUUCGACAGAGUUCUGCCAUCUGUCUAAAGACAAGAAAGUUUAUGUUUUGAAAAAAGGAAAUGGCCCCAUCCAUCCAGAAAACUGUAGGAGUUUUUUACUCUUCGGGGUGCUGUCAACCUGUUUUCUGCCACAGCUGUCAGACACCAUGGAGAAGGUGUGUCUACCGCUUCUGUCAAACAAGAAGAAUCACCAAAUGUGGCCGAAUGUCAUAUCACAGGAUGUGAAGCAGCACAUAGAGAAUUUGCAAAGCAGGGUGACUGUGGUGAAUGGACAAUAUUAUGGCAAAACCAUUCUUCCCAUUCCUGCCAUCAGAGAAUGGAUCGAGCAGUGUCAGGAGGCAACAAUCAUGCUGCAUGACAGUCGUAACAGGGCCAUGAUACAUGCUAUUGAGUCCAUGGUCAUCAGCUGGACACACAUGAUCCAUAAAGUCUUAAGAGAAGAUUCUACUGAACUGAUUGUAAAAGGGUUGAAUCCAGGACCAAAAACUGAACUUGACUUCUGGAGGUCCAGAAAAACAAACAUUCAGAGCAUUCAUGAACAGCUACAGAAUCCAUGUGUUCAAAAAAUGAUGAGGAUUCUGGAAGUUAUAGACAGCAGUUAUUUGCCCUCAUUCAAAGCUUUGACGGAAGCUGUUUCUGAUGCUUUGCAGGAAGCCAGGGCUAUAGACCUUCAUCUUCAGCCUUUAGGAUCAUUGCUGUCUCAGUUGGAAGAGACUGAGUUUCCAUCUUUCCCUGCCCUCAUUCCACCAGUCUUUCAUCUUAUAUUUCUGGUCUGGAGUCACUGUUCAUUCUAUCGUUCACCAGCACGCAUUGUUUCUCUGCUGCAGGAGCUCUGCAACUUCUUCAUUCAGCAGGCCUCUUCACAUCUCGGGGCAGAUGAGCUGCUGAGAGCAGAGAUUGAAGAUGCUUUGGAGAAAAUACAGACUGUAUUGGGAGUUUUUGGAUGUGUCAGGGAAACAUUCAAGGCGUACAGACAGAAAGUGGUUGCUUUGACCAGUCAUUAUUCUUCAGCAAAGUGCUGGGAUUUCCCUUCGGCUCUUGUUUUCACUCGAUUUGAUGGCAUCUUGGCUCGUGUUUUAAAGUUAAAGGCCCUUUUCACCACUAUGCUGGAGUUCCAAAGGAUGGAGAAGCUGGUUUUUGGAGGUCUCAGAGGAAGAGUUUACACUGAGCAGGUCUCUCGGUUACAUAAAGAGUUUCUUCUUCUCUGCAAAGCCAUAAAGGAUCAAGAAUACAAUCCACUCGAUUUGACUUCUCAGGAUUUUGAAAAAGACUUUUCCAGUUUCCAAGAAAAAGUGGCAGAUUUUGAUCGACAACUGUCCAAUAUUUUAUGCCUGGCUUUUCAAGAUUGUUCAGGGUUGGAAUCAGUUUUCAAACUGGUCACCGUGUUCAAACCCCUCUUGGACAGAGACAUCAUAAAGGAAUCUUUAAUUCCUAAGUUUCUUGAAGUGACUGAGCUUUUUGAAGAGGAACUUGACAGGUGCAAACACCUGUUUGAUACACAUCUUGAACAGAAAAAGAGGAACAAACUACAUUUGAACAAGAACAUGCCUGCAAUGACCGGGUCUCUGAAGUGGGCAAAAAUGCUAAGAGACAGAAUUCAAAUCCCUUGGAACAAUUUUCGACUUGUUCUAGAAAUGGAAAUGGAAGGAGCAGAAAUGGAGCUGGCUUUGCAUAAGUACCUGGAGAUGUCCUCUCUUUUGGAUGAGUACGAGAAGCAGGUCUAUUUGAGAUGGUGUGGUGAUAUUAACCAUGUCUGCCAGAUGAACCUCGAUCAGCCCCUAAUCAAAAGAGAUCCUACCACUGACCUGCUGUCGGUAAACAUCAAUCAGGAGCUGAUUGCUGUGCUCAAGGACGUGAAGCAUCUGAAAAUGUUUAAUCAAAUGAAUAUCCCUUCCACUGCUAUGAAGGUGUAUGAAAACAGGCAGAUAUUUUUUGAGAACCUUGGGAGCCUACAUUUAUUGGUGCAGUGGUACAAUAAGGUGAAACAGACAACACUUGAAGUGGAGGCUCCUCUUCUGAAAGAAGAGAUGAAGACUGUUGACCAGCAAAUCCAUCGAGCAGAAACUGAGCUUACAUGGCAAAACCAGAACAGCUGGAAAUAUAUCUGCAUGCUUAAGGACACCGUCUAUCAGCUAGAGAGAAGACUCCAGAAAACUAAAGACAAUAUUGAGAUGAUAAAAGCUCAGAUGAAGGGAUGGAGCAAACAUCUGACAUUUUGCAGAAAAGAUCACAAGAAAGACAUGGUACUACAACUAGAAGAUAAAGCAACGAUAGUGGCACAAAGUUACAGCCUCAUCAGGAAAGAUGCAGAAAUUAUCCACAAUUUGUUACAGGAGAACAUGAUCCUUUUUGAGGCCGAUAGUUCUUCAGAUGAAUGGAAAGCAUAUUUAGAGUAUGUAGAUGAUAUGGUGGUGGAAGGAUUUUUCAGAGUGAUCUCGACUUCUCUGGAGUUUUUCAUUGAGAACAUGGAGGGAUCAGUGAGGCAGGCUCCCUUGUUUGAGGCUCAGAUGCUACUGAUGGGAUCUGAGAUUCAAUUUAAACCAUCUCUUGAUCCAGAUGGUGGGGAUGGACUUUAUGAACUGGUGGAGGAAUUACUUGGUGAUGUGUUCAAGAUGUCUGCUCAAGUCAAGAGAGUGGCACCACACCUCAUUGUGGAGGACUACCAGGUAGACGUCGAGGACAUGAUGGAUCUCUUAGACCUCCGGCAGGAAAUAAUGGAGAAAGUUGAAGAAGUCAUGCAGAAAGCCUCACAAUACCAGGACACAUUUAACCGCUACAGUCCACUGUGGCUUGAUGACAGGGCUGAAUUUCUCAGGCAGUUUCUCCUGUAUGGUCAUGCGCUGACAGCUGAAGAGGUGGAAGCCUAUGGAGAGGAUGCUUUUCCGGAAAAUCCUCCAACCACAGUGCAAUUCAAAAAGCAGAUAAAUUAUUAUGAAGAAGUACACAGAGAAGUCAGCCGUUUAGAGGACUGGCAGGUAUUUGACGGUUGGUUUAGAGUGGAUAUCCGAUCGUUCAAAAUGAGUCUUUUAAACAUGAUCAAAAAAUGGAGCUGGAUGUUUAAGGAGCACCUGAUGUCUUAUGUUACAAACAGCAUUGGUGAGCUGGUGGAGUUCAUGGAGCAGGCUAAAUCCAGGCUUAAAGAGCCAGUGUGCAGUGGAGAUUACCAGGCUCUUGUUGAGGUGAAGGGCUUCCUGCUGGCUAUCAGAAACCGACAGCAUAGUACAGACCGGCUUUUUGAACCUGUCCGUGAAGUGGUCGUUCUUCUGGAGCAGUUUGGGGAAACCUUACCUGACAGUAUUUACAUUCAGCUCGAGGAGUUGCCGGAGAAGUGGAACAGCCUAAAGAAGUUUGCCUGGACAGUGAAACACGAGAUUGCUCCUCUUCAUAAUGCGGAGGUGGCUAUCAUACGCAGGAAGUGUGUAGACUUUGAGAAAAAGCUGUAUCAGUUUAGAGGAAAGUUCAAAACAGAAGCUCCUCUUCAGUACAACACAGAGAAACCUUAUGGUCUCCUGGAUAAAUGUCACAUGGAGAUGCUGGCUUUAGAGGAAGAGAAUGCAGAUCUCCAGGAGUCCUGUAAGCUGUUUGAAGUCAGCAGUCCUGAUAUUAAACAGCUCAGGCUCUGUCAGAGAGAUAUUGCUGUUCUAAAACAGCUCUGGGAUCUGCUGCUGUGUGCUCAGUGCAGUAUAUCAGCCUGGACAGGGACGAAGUGGAGAGAGAUCAACGUGGAACAGAUGGAGACCGAGCUAAGGAGGUUUACAAAAGAAAUGCGGGCUCUUGAUAAAGAGGCACGUGUUUGGGACGUGUAUGUGGGUCUGGAGCGUGUGCUUAGUGAUCUGUUGGCUUCUCUCAGAGCUGUGACAGAACUGCUGAAUCCGGCAAUGAGAGACAGGCACUGGGCCCAGCUGAUCAGCACUACUGGGGUUAAUUUCACACUGUCUAAAGGAACAACGCUGGAGGAUUUUCUGGCUCUGCAGCUGCACAGAUAUGAAGAUGUGGUGCACAGUACUGUUAGCAGAGCAGUCAGAGAGAUCACCACUGAGAAGGUUUUGACUGAAAUUAGCCAGAUGUGGGCUCGGAUGGAGUUUGCAUAUGAAGAGCAUUACCGCACCGCUACACCAAUGCUGAAAUGCAGUGAUGAGCUUUUAGAGAGUCUGGAGGAGAGCCAGGUGCAGUUGCAGGUGCUGCUGUACAGUAAGCAGGCAGUGUUUUUCCAUGAGCAGGUGCUGGAGCUGCAGGCCCAGUUGACUCAGGCUGACUCAGUGCUGCUGCUGUGGCUGGAGGUGCAGAGGACCUGGGCUCAUCUGGAAAGCAUCUUCAUGAGCUCCGAAGACAUCCAACAGCAGCUGCCAGAGGAGGCACAGCAGUUCAGCUCCAUCGAUUCAGACUUUAAGGACCUUAUGUUUAAAAGUGUCAAUACGAAAAAUGUCAUUGCUGCAACCAACAGACCCAAUCUUCUACCAACACUUGAAGAUCUGCAAAGGAGACUGGCUGUAUGUGAGAAAGCUCUGGCCAAAUACCUGGAGGCCAAGAGAAUGGCUUUUCCACGUUUCUACUUUCUCUCCUCCGCUGAUUUACUGGACAUCCUUUCCAAGGGCCGCCAGCCUCGACAGGUUACCUGUCACCUGGGUAAGCUUUUUGACAGUAUGACUGAUCUACAGUCUGACAAGGAGGGGGAAAAGGCCACAUCUGCGGUGGGAAUGUUCAGCAGAGAUGGAGAAUAUGUUUCGUUCUGUUCACCAUGUGACUGCGUUGGACCGGUUGAGCUCUGGCUGAACUGUCUGGAGGAUGUGAUGAAAGAGGGAAUGAGGAGACUCAUAGCUGAGGCUGUGGUCAUGUAUGAGGAACGGUCACGCGAACACUGGGUUUUGGAACUGCCAGCUCAGGUGGCCCUCACUGCCUCUCAGAUCUGGUGGUCCGCCGACAUGAACCUGGCAUUUGAACGGUUGGCUGAGGGAUUUGAGACAGCACUCAGAGACUACAACAAAAAACAGAUUGCCCAGCUAAACUCCUUGAUAAACAUGUUAUUGGGGGAACUGAACCCGGGUGACAGGCAGAAGAUCAUGACCCUGUGCACCAUAGAUGUUCACGCCAGAGAUGUGGUCUCCAAACUCAUCGCUCAGAAGGUUAGCAGUGCUCAGGCGUUCGCCUGGGUUUCUCAGCUCCGCCACAGCUGGAAUGACAAGCAGAAACACUGCUUUAUCAACAUCUGCGAUGCCCAGUUUUGUUAUUCUUAUGAAUACCUGGGCAACACGCCACGUCUGGUCAUUACACCCCUCACAGACAGGUGCUAUAUAACACUGACCCAGUCAUUGCACUUGACAAUGAGUGGUGCUCCAGCAGGACCAGCUGGCACAGGAAAGACUGAAACCACUAAAGACCUGGGCAGAGCUCUGGGCAUCAUGGUCUACGUCUUCAACUGCUCUGAACAGAUGGACUAUAAGUCCAUAGGGAACAUCUUUAAAGGUCUGGCACAAACGGGGGCUUGGGGCUGCUUUGAUGAGUUUAACCGGAUCGCUGUGGAAGUGCUGUCAGUGGUGGCAGUGCAGGUGAAGACCAUACACGAUGCCAUUCGCAACCAGAGGAAGAGAUUCCUGUUUUUAGAGGGAGAAAUUAGCUUAAAACCUUCUAUUGGGAUCUUCAUCACAAUGAACCCUGGGUAUGCCGGACGAACUGAGCUGCCGGAGAACCUCAAAGCUCUUUUCAGGCCAUGUGCCAUGGUGGUUCCUGACAUGGAGCUGAUCUGUGAGAUCAUGUUAAUGUCUGAGGGAUUUCAAAGUGCUCAGAUUCUGGGCAACAAGUUCAUCACCCUCUACAGGCUCUGUAAGCAGCUGCUCUCUAAACAGGAUCACUACGACUGGGGUUUGCGUGCUGUUAAACCUGUGCUGGCUGUUGCUGGAGCUCUCAGAAGAUCAGAUCGGACUAGGCCAGAAAAUCAGGUGUUGAUGCAGGCUUUGAGGGAUUUCAACAUGCCGAAGAUCAUAUCAGAAGAUGUUCCCGUCUUCCUCUGUCUGAUUGGAGAUUUGUUCCCUGGUCUGGAAGUGGAAAGGCGGAUUGAUGCAGAGUUUGAACAUUUAGUCCGUCAGACUAGUCUAGACUUAAAGCUUCAACCUGAAGACACAUUCAUUCAGAAGGUUGUCCAACUGGAGGAGCUUCUGUCUGUUCAUCACUCAGUGUUUGUGGUUGGUGAGGCCGGGACUGGAAAAAGUCAGAUCCUAAAAACUCUUCACAAAACCUACUUCAGCAUGGGAAGGAAGCCUUUCUGGAACGAUCUGAACCCCAAAUCAAUGAGCAAUGAUGAACUGUUUGGAUUCUUCCAUCCUGCCACUCGGGAAUGGAAAGAUGGUUUAUUGUCACAUUUCAUGCGGGAUCAAGCCAGUAACUCUCACUCAGGGCCCAAGUGGAUUGUUCUGGAUGGAGACAUUGACCCCAUGUGGAUUGAGUCUCUUAACACCGUCAUGGAUGACAACAAGGUUCUUACUUUGGCUAAUAAUGAACGGAUUCCUCUCACUCCCUCGAUGAGACUACUGUUUGAGAUCAGCCAUCUGAAACACGCCACCCCUGCCACUGUGUCUCGAGCUGGCAUACUGUACAUCAAUCCUCAAGAGCUUAGCUGGAGCCUAUCUGUUACGAGUUGGAUUGAUCGCAGAGAGAGACAAACUGAGAGAGCACACCUGACCAUUCUGUUUGACAAAUACAUCCCUCGCUGUAUAGAAAAAAUGAGAAGCUCCUUUAAGACCAUCAUUCCUAUUCCUGAGAACAGCAUGGUUCAGACUCUCUGCUCCCUGCUGGAUUGCCUGUUAACCCUGGAAAACAUCCCGGCUGAUUCUUCAAGGGAACUGUAUGAGAUGUACUUUGUGUUUGCCUGUGUGUGGGCUUUUGGUGGAGCCACCGUCCAGGAUCAGCUUCAUGACUAUCGGGCUGAGUUCAGCCAGUGGUGGAUCAAAGAGAUGAAGAGUGUGAAGUUUCCUGUCCAGGGCUCUGUGUUUGACUUCUACUUAGAUCCUCACUCCAGACGCUUUGUGCCCUGGACCGACAGUAUACCUGCUUUUGAGAUGGACCCCGAUACACCUGUACAGGCUGUGUUAGUGCCCACAGCGGAGACGGUCAGACUGCAGUAUUUGAUGUCCAUGUUGCUGGAGGCGUCUCAGCCUGUCAUGCUGGUUGGCGGAGCAGGCACAGGGAAGACCGCCGUCAUCAAGAAUCUUCUGGAAACACUUCCAGAAAACUUCAUAACGGCUAAAGUUCCCCUUAAUUUUUAUACAACUGCGUUGAUGCUGCAAAAGGAGAUGGAGAAACCUCUGGAGAGGAAGGCUGGCAGGAGCUUCGCACCGCCGAGAAACAAGAGACUGCUCUAUUUCAUUGAUGACAUGAACAUGGCAGCCGUGGAUGGUUACGGGACAUCCCAACCACACGCUCUUAUUCGCCAACAUCUGGAUUAUCAGCACUGGUAUGACAUCCAGAAGUUAACAAUGAAAGACAUAAACAACGUUCAUUAUGUGUCUUGUAUGAAUCCAACAUCAGGGAGUUUCACAAUCAACCCCAGAUUGCAGAGGCAUUUCACAGUGUUAGAGGUCAGCUCACCCAGCCGUGAGACCCUCAGCUCCAUCUACGGCUCCAUCCUGAACAUCCACCUGCAGAUGCUGCCGUUCAGCCCAGCUGUGAUGAGGAGCAGUGCACCUGUCCUGAAAGCAGCUUUAACCCUCCAUGACCGAGUCCUUCAGCACUUCCUCCCCUCCUCCUCAAAGUUUUUUCAUCUUUUCAACCUGUGGGAUCUGUCUCGGAUCUUCCAGGGUCUCCUGUUCUCCAGGCCAGAGUGUGUUAGACGGGGUGCAGAUCUAAUUCAGCUUUGGAUCCAUGAAUCCAGAAGAGUGUAUUCGGAUCGCUUUUCUGAACCAUCAGAUCUUCAGAUGUUUCUUAGGUUGCAGGUGGACAUUGCACAACAGGCUUCAGAGGAAAUAGAAGAAGACUCAGUGCUGUUUCAGGAGCCUGCAAUAUACCUGCACAGCAAUCUGGGCUCUGUUGAAUUCUCCUAUAUGCCAGUAUCAGGAUUGGAGCAUCUCAGCUGUGUCCUCAAUAAGGCUCUGAACGACUACAAUGAGCUCCACUCCACCAUGAACCUGGUGCUGUUCCAGGAAGCCAUGCAGCAUGUUUGUCGGAUCAGUCGCAUCCUGGCUUGUCCGAGAGGCCAUGCCCUGCUCAUAGGUGUGGGUGGCAGUGGUAAACAGAGCCUGACCCGCCUUGCCGCACACCUCUCCAACAUGGAUUUGUUUCAGCCCAAACUCAGCAAGGGAUAUGGCAUACAGGAUCUGAAGAUGGACUUGGCCAGACUGUACAUAAAGACAGGAGUGAAAAACAUACCCACAGUCUUGCUCCUCACAGACGCUCAGAUCCCAGAGGAUCAGUUUUUCGUCAUCAUCAGCACCCUGAUCUCUUCAGGUGAGAUUCCCGAUCUCUUGAGUGAAGAGGAGGUGGAAGGUGUUAGGAAAGCAGUGAGGAGUGAAGUGCGAGAUCUGGGUCUGCUGGACAACAACGAGAACUGCUGGAGCUUCUUCAUGAAUCGAGUGCGACAUCAGCUCAAGGUCGUACUCUGCAUGUCUCCAGUUGGUAAUGCUCUGCGUCUGCGUGUCCGGCGUUUCCCGGCUCUGCUGAGCUGCACCACUCUGGACUGGUUCCAGGAAUGGCCCCAGGAGGCUCUUCAGUCUGUCAGCUUAAAGUACCUGCAGGAAAUCCCAAGUAUUGAGCCGACCGUUCGGGAAUCCAUCAGUCUUUUCAUGGCCCACGCGCACACCAGCGUCAAGCGGGUUAGCGAGCGUUACUGCCGCAACGAGAAGAGGCACAACUACAGCACGUCCAAGAGCUUCCUGGAGCAGCUGAGGCUUUACAAGAGUCUGCUGGAAAACAGGGAGAAGGAACUGCAUCGGAGACUCGGCAGGCUUCAGUCUGGCCUUCAGAAAAUCAAGAGCACUGCUUCUCAGGUGGAGGAUCUGACAAUAAAGCUGAACUCUCAGGAAGUGGAGCUAAUGCUGAAAAACCAGGCGGCUGAGGCUCUUAUGGCCAGAAUCGGCCUGCAGACAGAAAGAGUGAGCCAGAAGAGAGAAGAUGCAGACCUGGAGGAGCAAAAGGUGGCAGCUAUGCAAGCAGAGGUGUCUCGAAGACUGAGAGAAUGUGAAAUGGAUCUGGCUAAAGCUGAACCUGCUUUAGAAGCAGCUACAGCUGCUCUCCAAACACUCAACAAGGUAAAUCUGACAGAGUUAAAGACGUUUCCGAAUCCCCCGGAGGCCGUGAUUAAUGUCACAGCGGCUGUGAUGGUUCUUUUGGCUCCACGUGGGCAAAUUCCUAAAGACCGCGGGUGGAAGGCCGCCAGAGUCUUCAUGGGCAAGGUGGAUGACUUUCUGCAGGCUCUUCUUUCUUAUGAUAAAGAGCACAUCCCUCAGUCGUGUCUGAUUGUGGUAAAGCAAGAAUACCUUAAAAAUCCACAGUUUCAUCCCGAUCACGUCCGGACCAAGUCCUAUGCAGCUGCAGGUCUCUGUGCCUGGGCCAUCAACAUAGUGCGCUACUAUGAGGUUUAUUGUGAGGUUGCACCGAAACGUCUGGCUCUGGCACAAGCCAACAGUGAACUAGAAACUGCUACCACAAAACUCCUCAGUGUUCGAAAGAAACUGGAAGAUCUGGACCGGCACCUGCAAAGCCUAACAGCUCAGUUUGAGAGGGCAGCGACUGAGAAACUGCACUGCCAGGAGGAAGUGACCCGCACCAGCCAGACCAUUAAACUGGCCAAUCGGCUGGUGGGAGGCCUGCAGGCAGAAAACGUGCGCUGGUCUGAGGGUCAGCUGGAGCUGGAGGAUCAGCUGAGGACUGUGUGUGGUGAUGUGCUUAUAGCAGCUGCUUUUGUCUCUUACGCUGGAUAUUUCACACAGCCGUAUCGUCAUCAGCUCCUUCACGACAUGCUGAUUCCUUUCCUCAGAGAACUCCAGACCCCUGUCCCGCUGACAGACGGUCUGGACCCUGUACUUACGCUGACUGACCAGGCCACUGUGGCAGGCUGGCAGAACCAGGGCCUGCCAGCUGAUCGGCUGUCCAUUGAAAAUGCAGCCAUCCUGAUGUCCAGCCAGCGCUGGCCUCUGAUCGUGGAUCCUCAGCAACAGGCCAGCAAGUGGAUCCGAAACCUGUACGGGCCCAGCCUGAGGGUGCUGCAGUAUGGACAGAAAGGGUAUCUGGAUGUAAUUGAGCAGGCUUUGGCCUGUGGUGAGGUGGUCUUGAUUAAGAACAUGAAGGAGCGAGUGGACCCCCCCCUGGAACCACUGCUAGGAAGACAAACCUUAAAGAAAGGAAGGUACAUCAGACUGGGUGAUAAGGAGUGUGAGUAUGACAAAGGUUUUCGUCUUCUUCUACACACUAAGCAAGCAAACCCUCACUUUCCGCCAGAGAUGCAGGCCCAGACCACGCUGAUCAACUUCACCGUGACCCGCUCCGGUCUGGAGGAUCAGCUCCUGGGGCAAGUGGUCACGCAAGAAAGGCCUGAGCUGGAGAUGAUGAAGCUGGAGCUGAGCACUCAGCAGAACUUGUGUCAGAUUGAGCUAAAGAGACUUGAGGAUGAACUGUUGAGCAAACUGUCAGCGGCAGAGGGAAACUUCCUGAGAGAUACAGCCCUAGUGGAGCAGCUGGAACACACCAAGAACACUGCCAGACACAUCCAGAACAAGGCUGUUGCAGCUCGAGAGAAUGAGAUAAAGACCAACGAGGCACGAGAUCUCUACAGGCCAGCAGCAGAAAGAGCCGCUCUGCUCUACUUCAUUAUAAAAGAACUCCACUAUGUUAAUCCCAUGUACCAGUACUCCCUCAAGGCCUUCAACAAAGUGUUCCUGAAAGCCAUUGCGAGAGCUCCAAGUGAUGAAGAUGUGUCCCUGCGUGUUUUAUCUCUGACCGAGUCCAUCACCCAUUCAGCCCUUCAGUUCACCUGCCAGGGGCUCUUCCAGCGAGACCGACUCACCUUCCUCACCCACACCGCCCUCCAGGUUCUCCUGAUGAGGGGCUCCAUUGAUGCUCAGGAUCUGGAGAUUCUGCUGAGGUUUCCUGUAGAGGUUUAUGAGAGCAGUCCUGUCAGCUUCCUGUCGCCACAGGCCUGGGGUGCUAUUAAGAGCAUCUCCAUGCAAGAUGCAUUCAGGGGUCUGGACAGGGAUGUUGAAGGGUCUGCCAAACGCUGGAGGAAACUGGUGGAGUCUGAGUGUCCUGAAAGAGAGCGUUUCCCUCAGGACUGGAAGACCAAGAGCCCUCUCCAGAGACUCAUCAUUCUAAGAGCUAUCCGGCCUGACAGGAUGACCUACGCUCUCCGAAAUUUUAUCGAGGACAGUUUGGGACCCAAGUAUGUCGACAUCAGUGGGAUGGAGUUUGAAAAGUGUUUUGAGGAGUGCAGUCCAACUACACCAGCGUUCUUCAUUCUUUCUCCUGGAGUCAAUCCUGUCAAAGAUGUAGAAACACUUGGGCUGAAGCUUGGAUUUACCACGGACAGAGGGAACAUCCAUAAUGUGUCCUUAGGUCAAGGACAAGAAACUGUUGCUGAAAGAGUAUUGGAGACCGCAGCUAAAAACGGACACUGGGUCAUCCUGCAGAAUGUCCACCUGCUGUCACAGUGGUUGAGUCGUCUGGAGGAGAUGUUGGAGAACACAGCUAGCAAUGCUCACUCAAACUACAGAGUGUUCAUGAGUGGAGAACCAGCCCCCAAUCCACAUGAGCAUCUGAUCCCUCGCGCCAUCCUGGAGAACGCUUUCAAACUCACCACUGAACCCCCCACUGGCAUGAACUCCAGCCUACAUGCCGCUCUGAACAACUUCAGCCAGGAUACCCUGGAAAUGUGUUCUCGAGAGCAGGAGUUUAAAGGACUCAUGUUCUCGCUGUGUUACUUCCAUGCCUGUGUGAGUGAGAGGCGGAAGUUUGGACCUCAAGGUUGGAACCACAGAUACCCAUUCAACAACGGAGAUCUCAAUAUUUCAGCUAAUGUUCUGUACAACUACCUGGAGGCCAGUACCAAAGUACCAUGGGAGGAUCUUUGUUAUCUGUUUGGAGAGAUCAUAUACGGAGGACACAUCACUGAUGAGAGAGACAGGACGCUCUGCCGCACGUACCUCCAGGAGUUCAUCAAUCCCAAGAUGUUUGAAGGGGAGCUGGUUUUGUGUCCUGGCUUUCCUGCUCCUCCAGAUCUGGACUACAGUGGGUAUCACAGGUAUAUGGAUGAAAGGUUGCCCUCUGAAAGCCCCGCUCUCUUCAGGCUGCACCCGAAUGCUGAGAUUGAGUUCAUGACGACCACGUCUGAGACCCUCUUCAAAACCUUACUGGAGCUGCAGCCCAGAGAAUCCACAACAGCAGAGGGAGCAGCACAGUGCACAGAGGAGAAGGUGAGGAGUGUUGUGGAUGAGCUCCUGGAGAAGUUGCCUGAGGAGUAUAAUAUGCCAGAGCUGAUGUCUAAAAUGGCCCACAGGAGCCCGUAUGUCCUGGUUUGUCUGCAGGAGUGUGAACGCAUGAAUCUACUGCUGGAACACAUACACACAUCAUUAAAAGAGCUCCAUCUGGCACUCAAGGGUGAACUGAGUCUCUCUUCAGACAUGGAGCUCCUCCAAACGGCUCUGUUCUAUGAUGUUGUUCCUGAGAGCUGGAGCAGGCUGACCUUUCCUUCAACUAAAACCCUGCCUCAGUGGUUUAGUGAUGUUCUGGCUCAGUGUCGAGAGCUGGACACGUGGACUCAAGACUUUGUGUUUCCCGCUGUGGUUUGGAUCUCCGGACUCUUUAGCCCCCAAUCAUUUCUUACAGCGAUUAUUCAGAGUAUAGCUCGCAAAAACAAGUGGCCUUUAGAUAAGAUGAGCCUAUCUGUGGACGUCACCAAGAAAAGCAAGGAUGAUUAUGGGCAUCCGCCUCGAGAGGGAGCAUACAUACAUGGACUCUACAUAGAGGGUGCACGCUGGGAUUGCACCUCAGGUCUGCUGUCAGAGGCUGUCCUGAAAGAUUUGACUCCAGCAAUGCCAGUGCUGUACAUAAGAGCAGUGCCCGUCGACCAGCAGGAUGUGAAGAACAUAUAUGAAUGUCCAGUAUACCGCACAAAACAACGCGGCACCACGUACAUCUGGAGCUUCCCUCUCAAAACACACCACCCUCCAGCAAAAUGGGUUCUCGCUGGAACGGCCCUGCUUCUGUGUGUGUAAAA